GUUAAGUACUUGGGAUCGCCGCGCCGCAUGAAUUCCGUUGAUGGAGCUGUACCAACAGUUCCUUCUGACUGAAGAUAUUCUCAAGAAUAUUAUAAAUGAUGCAAAGCAAAACAUUCAAGCGACAUUCAAAGAAAUUACUGCCGCUUUGGGAGGCAUUGAAACCCAUGUGGAUGAUGAUGUUUUGAGUGAAGACAUUGAGAAACAGGUUGAGAAAACUGAAGACCCCCUGUUGAAACCAGUGGUUAGCCAAAAGCGGAAAGUAAAAACGAGCAUUCACUCCGCGAGAUGUGAGCACAGUCCUCUAAACCGUUCAAAACUAAACCAGGUAGUAGAGUCGCAUAAAUCGCCGACCAAGUUGUUAAAGAACUCCAGAAAGUUAAGUAAGCAGUUGCGCAUUGCGAAAGAUAGUCCGAAACAAACGGAACUCAAAGAUAUCUUUCAGCCAAGUGAUAAUAUCUGCGAUCUGAAGAGCCAUAAGCCCCAGCUUUUAGAUGCAAGCAUCCUUCAAACAACUCUCUGCCCCACAAAUAAAAGUCAGAUUUCAGCUUAUGUUUCCAACUUCGAACCACUAAACGAGUGGACUACCAAUGUUGAGGAAAGAAAGUGUGAUCAAAUUAACGAGAGCGAACUUUAUAUCUCCAGAACUGGGGACAUACAAAUAUCUGCUCAAAAGUUGUCAGGAAAGAAACGAACUCUAUCGAUGGAUACUUCAGAUUACCAACCACUCGUUAAACGUACCAGUUUUAAUAAGACAGGGUUGAAUGCAAAGUCAGAACAUAAUGUCGAAGAUGAGGCAUCGCCGAAUGAUGAACAGUUACUGAAUUUGACUGUGUCUUUAGGUCAUGCUCCUGCAACUACAGCAUCGUCCUCCACUAAUAAUACAAAGUCUCCUAGCCUCGAGUCAGCUACUUCGCUUUCCGAUUCAUCAAGUGCUCUCCCACGAAGUAAUGUAAAUGGCAACAAUAGUACAUUUGUAAGCAAAUCACCAUUUGGUGACUUAUCAAACAUACAGAAAGUGCCGUGCCCUUCCAUAUUUUCAACUGAAACUCAAAUGAAACACAUCCCAAGACUUCCAGUUCCCGCAACUGAUAAGAGGAUUACCUCUCUUGAAAACAAAGCUGCUAGUACUUGUGGCAAAUCGCGUUUGUUUUCAUCCACCGAAAGAUUAGGUGGUAUUUCGAGGCUCAAUUCUCUAAAUCAUCCCACCCAGGCAUCAAAACCAAGAACAGGUUCGAAGUUAAAUUCCAUCAACGAAAAAGUAUCCGUUAAUACAUCCAUAAAUGGUUACUCUAAUAAGCAGAAGAAUCGAUCCGGUUCCGUUUUAUCUGAUAAGGAACAGCGUAUGGAAGCCAAAAGGCAAGUUUUUAUCGAACAGAUGGAGAAAAGAGAAGAGCGCCUGCGAGCUUUCCAGGACGCUCAAAAGCAAAAAAUGGAAGCUCGUAAAAAGGCGAAUGAAGAACGUUUUCUUGCUGUCCAACAACGAUAUCAACAGAUGCUGCAGGGAAAUCAUCUUCAACUGAAAGAAAACAAUACUUCUGUUACAUCCGUCCAGCCAAGUAACGUAAGUGCUAAACCAUUGCAGACUACUACUCUACUGAAAAAGUGUAAUGUAAAUUUAAAUCCUGUGGAUCAUACUACGUUAAAGGUACAAAAUAAACCUGUUACAAUGAUCAAACAAAUUCAACCGAACACCUGCCCAAAACCCCAGCCGAUUUCUAAACUCAAUGUAGUCCAACAACCGAAACUGCAAAAUGAAGAGAAAGAAACCAUAACUCAAAAAGUGUCACUUAUAAGCAGCCCACUUGUCAAUGGCUCUUUCGACAUAUCACAGCUGAAUUCUGAUUCGGAAUCAGACGACGAUGAGCCAACUAUGAAAGUUCCUGGUUGGUGUCGUAAAGGAAACCCUGAAAUGAUAGCGGCAAUGUCUGAUGUUUACUCGAACAAACUAAAAUGGCAAAAUGAAUUCCUACCUGCAUCUAUGAUAACUUUUGAUAUUAGUGAUGUAUUCCGUAAUUAUCAGUAUACCAUUCGACCACGUACAAGCAGCAGUAUAUGGAAUACUCCUCCUGGUGCUUCAAAGAGUUCUACUGGUCGUUCAAUUAUAAAGAAGAUACUCUUAUGAAUACACACUAAGUUCUCAAAAACUUGUACAUUCCCUUUUUAUUAACAUUUGUUUGUGUACUCCUGUUAUACCCCUACUUCACUAACUUUGCUUUUAUUACUUAAAUUAUUGGAUAUAUCUCUAGUUCCAAUUAUACAUAAUCCUUCCAGUUGUUAAAAAAUUGACCUUAUCGUAUAUUCAUGUUAAGAUUUGUUAAAUACCUUAUGUGAGUUAUUUUCCUAAUGAUAGAACGGUAUAUGUGUAGUGUUACUGUGUUUUA